AUAUCCUCAAGUCCUGAUGGACCCCUCGCAACUUUCCACAAAUGACCCUGAGUGGUCAGCAGAACCAUUCACAGACAAUCAAACUGGAGCACAGGUGCAUGAACCAGAGACAGAGACUCUACCUGUGCUGUCCAUCCCAGAUGAAAAUGACACAAUAAACAUUUCCACCAAUGAGAAACUACCUGACAGUGAUAGUUUAAGCUAUUCAUCUUGCAGCAUGUCUCUUUGCUUGGAGUCUUCACAAAAGUCUGCCUUCAUUGGACCUUGUUGUAUGGAUCCAUUGGAACCAGAAAGCGAAGCGGUACCUCCUUUGCCUGAUCCCUGCAGUGACUCUAUUCCAGCCAUGUCCAGUACAACAGAGCUGUAUGUAGAACCAGAAACAUCUCCGGUGUGCUGCCUGAAGAACAAAAUUAGUCCGACUGAAUCAGAGAAUUUAGACAGUGUUGAGGUUCCAGCACCUCUGUCAGAUCUUUAUAUUUUUGAAAGCGACACGCGGGAUUUCAUCCUUACCAACACAACAAAUCCUCAUAGGACCAUGCAUCCCGAAUACCAGUUAACAUUGCAGUCGGGCGUCGGAAAGGCAGACCAAGACAGUGAGGCACAUGUCCCGAUGUGUUAUUUAGAAGGCAUUAAGACACAGUGUCAAAGUGGCUUUACAGAGGAACAAGUCUCAGAGAACAACAUGUCAGAGGCAAGCCAGUGUGAUGAGUUACGAGCACCUGCUGUGGAUGUCUGGGAGGUGGACUGGGUGUCGGAAAGUGAUGUGAGAUUUGUGAAAGCAGAGGUCACGGCUUUGACCCUGCAAAGGCAGCACAGUGUCAGCCCCGCCGAGCUCUGGAUGGACGCAUGCCAGUAUCUGACAGGUGAGGAUGUGGAAGACAAAGAGGUUGUGGAUCAUCAAGUGCUAAGCGACUCCUUACAAGGGUCAGAUUACAGUCCUGGUGACAACAGGAGGGUUGGCUGGUCACCAGUGGAGAGGUGGUCGUCAGUAGACAGCUGGGCCAGUGCACUCUCAGACUGGACUGGGGUCAUUGAGGAUCCGCCAGAAGAAAUCACGGCCGCCUUUGCAGAAAUAGGGGCUGAGAUUGACGCUUUGACACAAGCGCUGCAGGAGGUGACCACUCACUUAGAGCCGGAGACUCUGCGAGACAAUCUACAGGCGACAGAGGUGGAGGAAAGGCAGCAAACUAUGGGUGUGCAAGAUCAGCCUCUAAAGACCCCAGAUAUCCCAGAGAGUCUCAUCCCUUCUGAACAAAGCUGUCUUUCUUUGUGCCUUGACGCUUCAAGACCUGAAUUUUGUGGCAGAGGAGCCUCCCAGAGCGUUGAACCUCUGCGUACAUGUGGAGGAGAGCUAGAGGCAGAGGAGCUCCUGAGCAGCCAGGCAGAAUCCUCCCCGUGCUCCGCUCUGCAAAACACACCGGCUGGAUUGUUCUCUAUUGCAGCAGACUCAGAUGCUAGAAUGAUUGAAGUCACGCUCAAUGCUGGAACUGUGUCUUUGGGUUGUUUGGACCUCCCUCGGCUUGACAGAUGUUCCAAGACCUUCGAACAAGAUUUAUUUUCUAGUGAAGAAAACCGUCCAAUCGAGCUGAAAAUAACAGAAGAAGUGGAUUUGAACACUCAUAGAGACCUGGCGCUUCAGGAGGUCUUUGGAGAUGUUCUGUGCAAGCAGUCUGUGACAGAGGAGCAGAUUAAAAGAGACAAAGGUCAAACAGAUCUCAGUAUCUUCUCUGCACAUGAACCAGAGGCGGACACACCCACAAAUGUCUCAUUUAACACUUUUCUAGACCCGGUUGGAGGAAGUCAGGUGGAGUUAGGUAGUCAUGAGCUUAUUAUGUGCUUAGCUCCCCUCAGUGGUAACACUGCCCUCGACUGUCGGACAAGCAGCAGCUUGGAAGGAGAUCAAAGUUGCACAGAAGCCUGCCUGAGUGACAGCAUCCGUUGUGGUUAUGUGCGAGAUUGCAAACCCUUUCCGACCCUGGGUGGAACUACCGAUAAACAAUUUCUGGAAGGUCACAAGGAGCUGAUUCAUACAAAGCAGAACACAACAAACACUGAUGAGAAAUUCUCUCCCGAUGAACUACAGGAGCUGCAAGUUGAAGACACCGUGUGGCCUUUCCUUUCUGCACCGGACGAGAUCAAGGAUUUCAGCACAGAUCUAGCAAGGUUCACCGUUUUUCCCGGAGAUCGUCUGUUCAUAUCAGAGAAGGAUCGUGUUGCAUGCAUCACUUUAAACUUAAACGAUCCAUUUAUCCCCUGGAUCUCAGAACCCAUCUUCACAGUUGCUGAAUGUGAGCAAACUCAGCUCAAAAUGCCUCACAAAACCUCAAAGAACCCCUCAGACAGCAAAACGCGCUCCAAAAAGGAAAAAUCAUCUGGUCUUCAUCAUGGAACACAGGCUGCCAAAAAACAAGAGAGUACAUCGCAGCACGUUUCCAACCAGCAGACCUGGAAGCAGCAAGAAAGCCACCUAGCAACUGGGGAAAAUCCUGUUAUUGAGAACAUCGAAGCUGGGCUCGAAGCCAAAGAGGCUAAACUUGUAAUGGAGACCGGUGUGGGAACUGAGAAGGGCACGGGCAAGCCACAUGGCAAGAAGAAAAAGAAACACGGUCAUAAAACAUCGGCUAAGCAUGAAACAGAGGCAUCAGUUGAUGCGGAGCAUGGAGCAAAACCAAAAUCUGCAAAAGGAAAGGUGGAUAUGUUUGAGGGAAUUAAAGCUGGGAAAGUUCAGCGGGAUGAAAAUCAGUCAGUUGUUGUUGAAGCAAAAACCCAGCAGCCAGAAGAUAAGGUGUCUCAGAAAGCUCCCCACCUCUCUGAUCUUCAAGAGCUCACGAAUGACGAUGUUAUUAAAAAGAGACGCGUGUCAGGGGAUAAGUUUGGCAAGAUUCUCAGUGUUUUGGAGUCCAAGCUAUCAAAGACUGAUACUUCGUUAAAAGCACAAGGGGAAGAGACACAGCCAGAAGUCACAGCUGUUCAGAAGAAAGCACAUGGUGAGGGGGUCAAACAGAACAUCCCUCUAAAGGAAGAUCCGAAAGUGAUAGAGCCCAUCCAGGUAGAGUCGGUGAGCGGAGACCCUCAGAGUAUGUGUCUUUGGUGUCAGUUUGCUGGAGUGCACUCAGACUUCACUGUGACCUGGAGCAGAGAUGGUGCACCGCUGGCUCAGAUUAACAGAAGUGCAGGAGACGAGAGCAGAGUGUCAGUGAUCAUCACCAAUGCUUCCCACAAAGAUCUGGGCAAGUACGAGUGUCGGCUCAGCUGCUCUCAUGGCUCUGUCUACCUAGACUAUGUGCUCACAUAUGAAGUUUUAAGUGAGAUUGUGAUACCUGCAUCCCCAAAGAUCACUUCAACUAUGCCUGAAGAGUUGUGCAGUGAAGAGGAGGAUGCCCACUGUUCGAGACUCUUGUUCAAAGAUGAUUUCCUGUCGGAUCAGUACUUUGGAGAGAACCACCCCAUCAGCAUACUCACAGAAAAAGUUCACUUUGGCGAGGGCAUGCAUCGACGGGCCUUCCGGACGAAGCUGAAGGCGGGUCAGAUUCCCCUGCUAGUACCGGGACACUCCUGCGUGCUCAAGGUGCACAACACUAUCAGCUACGGGACCAACAACAACAACGACCUGCUUCAGAAGAAUUUCCAUUUGGCUGUAGAGGAGUGUCAGGUCCAGAACACAGCGAGGGAGUACAUUAAGGCUUACACGUCAGCAGCUCAGUCUGUCGAAACCUUCGGAGACGUCCCAGAGAUCAUUCCCAUCUACCUUGUCCACCGUCCAUCCAAUGACAUCCCCUACGCAACGCUGGAGGAGGAGCUCAUCGGAGACUUUGUCAAGUACUCUGUGAAGGACGGCAAAGAGAUCAACGUGAUGAGACGGGACUCGGAGGCAGGGCAGAAGUGCUGCGCUUUCCAACACUGGGUCUACCAUAACACAGAGGGCAAUCUGCUGGUUACUGACAUGCAAGGAGUGGGCAUGAAGCUUACUGAUGUGGGGAUAGCAACUUGCAAGAAAGGGUAUAAGGGAUUCAAAGGAAAUUGUGCCACCUCCUUUAUUGACCAGUUUAAAGCUCUGCAUCAGUGCAACAAGUAUUGUGAGAUCCUGGGACUCAAAUCUCUCCAGCCUAAGCCCAAAAAGGUCUCCGCUGCUCCAAAACCCAAACCCCCACCCCCUGCCAUCCCUAAAAAGAAGUCAUUUGGGCCAACAGUGAAGAACAAGUCAUAGCAUCAGGAGAACAUUGAGCUAACAGUCUCUGACCCCGCUUGGACUUUGUACUUCAGAGCCUCCGGCACAGAAAUCAGUUUGUUGGUCGUUGCAGGAUGCCAAAGCACUAAGGAGACGUUUCACUCUGAAAUAAGAGACUCUCGUGCAGCCAGAGCCUGUUGUCUGAUCUGAACAGUUGUAUUUAUUUCUGUGACAAUUUCUACCUGCAGCCUAGAGUUUUUAUUGCUCAAGUCUGUGAAAACCUGAUAUAUUUAGAUACUUAACCAGCUAUAAACUGUCAUGUCUUAGAGUGCUUGGUUGGAUCAUUUUCUUCACAAAUAGUUUAUUCUAUUUUUUUAAUCAUGAUCUCAAACUUUGAAUAAUUUGGAAAAAAAGAACUGUUACUACACAGUAUGGGUGGUUGCUUUGAAUUUCUUUGGAUUGUCUGGUGGUAAUGCCGAAAUUGAUUUCUUACUUGGAUGAAAAGCUUGGGACUUUUCCUUUGUGUACAUAUUAAACCUCAUGAGAUAUAUAGAUUUAAUAAGACUUAUGUGUGUUUACAUUAUUUUAGUAAUUGAUCCAUGGAAGGGCAAGUUAAAAUAUUCAGUUUUGUUUUAAGGAGAUGAUUAGUGUAUGGGAUACAAAAGCUGAUAUAUGAUGAUAUAAAAUCACCGUUGAGUAUUUUUACAGUUCAUAAUGGAUAUAAAAAGUGUACACAUAUUUUUGUAAUGUAAAUAAUAGCUCUGAGUAAACUAUUUUAAACAUUU